CCUGUAAGACGCGGGCUUUUAUUGUGGAGCCCGCUGGACCGGAAGCGCGCUCGUCCUCAUCUCCUGCUCUGCGUGUGCGUGUGGACGCGCGGCAACAUGCCUCCUCUUGGACUGAAAGCCAUUGUUGGGGAAAAGAUCAUGAACAAUGUCAUCAAGAAAGCCAGAGAAAAAGGAAAAUGGAAGGUUCUGGUGGUGGACAAGCUGAGCAUGAAGAUGGUGUCCUCCUGCUGUAAGAUGACAGACAUCAUGUCCGAGGGAAUCACCAUUGUGGAGGACAUAACGAAGCGGCGUGAGCCUCUGCCCAGCAUGGAGGCCAUCUACCUGAUCUCCCCCUCAGAUGAGUCUGUGGAAGGUCUCAUCGAUGACUUCAGAGACCCGCAGAAUCCCCGGUACCGAGCGGCCCACGUCUUCUUCACUGACACAAUACCAGACUCCUUGUUCGGACUGCUGACCAAAUCCCGCGCCUCCAAAGCCAUGAAGGCCUUGACUGAGAUCCACAUAGCCUUCCUGCCGUACGAGUCUCAGGUGUUCGCCCUGGACAAAGCCGAUGCCUUCCAGGAUUUCUACAGCCCCUUCAAGGCUGACGUAAAGAACAACAUGCUGGAGCGCUGCGCAGAGCAGAUCGCCACCAUGUGUGCCACGCUCAAAGAGUAUCCUGGAGUCCGGUACAGAGGGGACUACAAAGACUGUGCAGUUCUGGCGCAGAUGCUGCAGGAGAAGCUGGACGGCUACAAGGCUGAUGACCCCACCAUGGGAGAGGGUCCAGACAAGUGCCGCACUCAGCUGCUCAUUGUGGACCGCGGCUUCGACCCGGUGUCCCCCCUCCUGCAUGAGCUGACUCUGCAGGCCAUGGCCUACGACCUGCUGGGCGUUGAAAAUGACGUGUACAGGUUUGAGACCAGCGGGAUGGGGGAGACCAGGAUGAAGGAGGUGGUGCUGGACGAGGAUGACGACCUGUGGCUGAGUCUGAGACACAAACACAUCGCUGAGGUCUCCACGGCUGUCACUCGCUCUUUGAAGGAGUUUUCUGCCAGCAAGAAGAUGAACACUGGAGAAAAGACCACCAUGAAGGAGCUGUCUCAGAUGCUGAAGAAGAUGCCUCAGUACCAGAAAGAGCUCAGUAAGUACUCUACACACCUCCACCUGGCAGAGGACUGCAUGAACCGCUACCAGGGCACCGUGGAUAAACUGUGCCGCGUGGAACAGGACCUGGCCAUGGGCUCGGAUGCAGAGGGGGAGAAAAUUAAGGAUCCCAUGCGGCUCAUCGUCCCCAUUCUGCUGGACGCCAAUGUCAGCGUGUUUGACAAGAUCCGCAUCAUCUUGCUCUACAUCUUCCUAAAAAACGGUGUGACUGAGGAGAACCUGUGUAAGCUCCUCCAGCAUGCCAGCAUCCCGCCUGAAGACAGUGACAUCAUUUCCAACAUGGCCCACAUGGGGGUUCCCAUUAUCUCAGAGGGAACUGCCAAGAAGGCCAAGAAGCCGGAUCGUAAGGAGCGUGUCAGUGAGCAGACCUACCAGCUCUCCAGAUGGACUCCUCUCAUCAAAGACCUCAUCGAGGAUGCAAUUGAGGACAAACUUGACCCAAAGCAGUACCCAUACAUUUCCCAGCGACAGGUUUCAGCCAAAGCCAGCGCUCCAUCGAGUGCUCGAUAUGGGAACUGGCACAAGAACAGGGGGCCCACAGAGAUGAAGACCGGACCCCGGAUCAUCGUCUUCAUCAUUGGAGGCGUGACCUACAGCGAGAUGCGCUGCGUGUACGAGGUCACGCAGGCCAAUGGCAAGUGGGAGGCGCUGGUUGGCUCCACCCACAUCCUCACACCUACCAAAUACCUGAAGGAGCUGCAGCAUCCUGACUUCCUGGACCCCAAUGCCCCACCAGAGGGCAGUGUGGAGCCGCCUGCUGAAUGAAGAGAGCUUGGAAGAUUAACGGGGAUCUUCUCUCCUUCUCGCCUUCUGAAAGCCCUCAAGGACGAAGAGCAGACCAGAUAAGACACUCUCCCCCACCUCUUCAAGCAUUGACCCCCCCUCGAGAUCUAUGUACACCGAGUCCUGUAUAAACGUCUUUCUGCUGUAAAAUGAGGCUCUGCUGAACUAAAAAUGUUGACUUUGACGGAUGUGUUGAUGCUCAUCAGAGUUUGUAAAGUUACUGAAGUUGUGUUAAGCUGUUUUUCUUGUGAAGUUGAUGUACGUCUCUUUGUUUAGAUGAAUGGAUGAAUUCCACCCUUUAAGUUUCCUCUGAUUCCAAGUUGAAACUGCAAAGCAAAGCCAGUUAGCUCAAAUAGUCUAAAUGCAACAAGCUUCAAUCAGAACUUCUUUUCAUACCAAAUAACUCUCAACAUAACCUAAUCUAACAGUCAUUUGUUCCACUCGUGUCAUUGGACAAAUGGAAAUGUAUUUUUAUUCUAAAAUCUUCUUUUUCUUGAUGAGUUUUGUGUUUUUCCAUGUGAACAGCAAACAGAAGAUGAACAUGAGGUUGAUGUGAUUUCACUCAGAGGUGAAGAAGCCUUUAAACAUGGAAAUGUGCUGUGUCUGUGUGUCAGCCAUGUUUCUGAAGCUUCUUCUUUAAUUAGAGUAUUCCUGCUGGAUCUUUGUGCUUGACCAUUAGUAAUACUCUCAAUAGUAUUAUCCAGUCAAAGACCAACACUGUGUGUGGUUACAAGUCUUUUAUGUGUUACGUACCAUUAAAGUGGCUUUCAAAAAA